AUGAGAAACCGCACAGCAGUAACGACUUUCAUCUUGCUGGGACUAACAGAUGAUCCACAACUGCAAAUCAUACUUUUUAUCUUUCUGUUUAUCACCUACAUGCUGAGUGUAACAGGAAAUCUGAUAAUUAUUGCCCUUACAUUGGUGGACUCACAUCUUAAAACGCCUAUGUACUUUUUCCUUAGGAAUUUUUCCUUCUUAGAAGUGUCGUUUACGACUGUCUGUAUUCCUAAAUUCCUAUACAGUUUAUCAACUGGAGAUAAUACCAUUAGUUACAAUGCCUGUGCAAGUCAACUAUUUUUUGUUUUUCUCUUUGGAGCAACAGAAUUUUUUCUCCUGGCAGCCAUGUCCUAUGAUCGCUAUGUUGCUAUCUGUAAACCUCUUCAUUAUAUGACCAUCAUGAACAAUAGGGUAUGCACCAUAUUAGUUUCCACCUGUUGGGUGUCUGGAUUACUGGUCAUUCUCCCACCUCUCAGCAUUGGCCUUGAGCUGGAAUUCUGCGACUCUGAUCUCGUUGAUCAUUUUAGUUGUGAUGCAAGCCCUGUCAUAAAGAUCUCAUGUUCAGAUACAUGGCUAAUAGAGCAAAUGGUUAUCAUUGUGGCUAUUUUUGCACUCAUUAUUACCCUAUUGUGUGUAAUUCUCUCCUAUGCAUGUAUUAUCAGGACAAUUCUAAAAUUUCCAUCUGUCCAACAAAAAAAGAAGGCCUUUUCUACCUGUUCUUCCCACAUGAUUGUGGUUUCCAUCAGUUAUGGAAGCUGCAUCUUCAUGUAUAUCAAACCCUCUGCAAAGGAACAGGUUGCCAUAAAUAAAGGAGUUUCAUUGCUCACUAGUUCUGUUGCACCUUUGUUGAACCCUUUCAUUUAUACCUUAAGGAAUAAGCAAGUGAAACAAGCUUUCAAUGAUUUCAUUAAAAGGAUCAAAUUUUUCUCAAGUGACUCAAAAUUUGGGUGA